CAGUAACACACUAAACCUUGUUUACCACAAUUGCUUGGCGAAGCUGAUAAAGUAACCGCUGUCAUCUUUUUCUCCGUCAACACCAUCAUUCAUCACUUUCCAUUUCAUCUUCACUGUGCUUCCGCACCAAGCAAUCUAACAUCCAUUUUCUCCGUUGAAUUCAGGGUGAGCAGGUUAUUGUGGUAUUGAUUGUAACUUGUGGUGGUGGUGCUUUGUGGAGAUGAGUCAGAGAGGUUUAAUAUAUAGCUUUGUUGCCAAAGGAACUGUUGUCUUAGCAGAACACACGCAAUAUACUGGAAAUUUCAGCACCAUUGCUGUUCAGUGCUUGCAGAAGCUGCCUUCAAAUAGCAGCAAAUACACAUAUUCAUGUGAUGGUCACACGUUUAACUUCCUCAUAGACAAUGGAUUCGUUUUCCUUAUUGUCGCAGAUGAAUCGGUUGGAAGGAGUGUUCCUUUUGUAUUUCUUGAACGGGUGAAGGAUGAUUUUGUGAAGCGAUAUGGUGCGAGCAUUACGAAUGACGGUGCGCAUCCACUUGCUGAUGACGAUGAAGAUGAUGACUUAUUCGAAGACAGAUUUAGCAUCGCCUAUAAUCUAGAUCGUGAAUUUGGACCAGCGCUUAAGGAGCAUAUGCAGUAUUGCUUGACCCACCCGGAAGAAAUAAGUAAACUAUCGAAAUUGAAGGCUCAGAUAACCGAGGUCAAGGGAAUAAUGAUGGAUAACAUUGAGAAGGUUUUGGAUCGUGGAGAGAAGAUUGAACUUCUGGUUGACAAAACAGAAAACUUGCAAUUCCAGGCCGACAGCUUUCAGAGGCAGGGGAGGCAGCUAAGAAGGAAGAUGUGGCUGCAGAAUCUCCAGAUGAAGCUGAUGGUGGGAGGAGGAAUCCUUAUCUUAAUCAUAGUAUUGUGGGUUAUUGCUUGUGGUGGUUUCAAGUGUUGAUGGGAUUUUGGAGCUAUACGAAAAUUGAAGUCUGAAUCAGGGGGAUGUACAAAACAUAUUCUACUUGUACAUGGAAUUUGGUGCUGAAAUUUGUGGUUACUAUUGCUGAACCAAGCACAUACAUUAGACAACAUAAUUUAGCUGCUUGUUCAUAACGUUUGUUGCUGCAUUUAUAAUUGUAUGUAAUAGACCUUUCAUAGUUC